AUGGACAAAUUAUCGGAUGAUGAACUAUUGUUCUACGGUUCUGUUGAAGUCAAUUUUGCAUAUCAUUAUGGUUCGAUUCAUUUGAGUAGUGGAGAAUCUGAACUCCAGCUUGAUCAUGACACUUCUACUCUACAAUCAUUGUUAUCGGUAUCGGACAACGACAAUUAUCAGGAAUUGGUUCUUCCAGAAAUACCAGCGACAUGUGUUCAAAUAAGCUCGACUAACGGUGGUUUUGAAUCCAUUCCUGAUAUAUUUCGUUAUCCAUUGAUUAAAAGCAAACUUUCAAGUCCGUGGAAAGGAAUCGUUUCUGGUACACGAUCAGCUCUAAUCAAACUUUCAUCAUCAGAAUGGUAUCGACUGAAAGGUUGUGGCAAUGAUACUGACGGUUUUCCAAUAAGACCUGUGUCAGAUUCAAACGACAAAGUCACCAUUCGUGGCUGUGCUUUUCUUCAUUCAACCCAUAGAGAACUAGUGAUGACAAAGUACAUUUCCAAUUUGUUAUCUACACAUCAGAUUGAAUGUGCAAAUAUUCCGAUCGGUUGGUUUGAAUAUCAACCAACUAAUACGACAAUUCACUCGGAUGUUCCAACCGUUCAAGACAUUCAUUUAAACCAAUGGGCAAACGUUUCACGAUGUUGUAUUCUAAUGAAAACAUUAGGCAACAAACGCUUGUCGGAUCACAUUUUAUAUGGUAUCGAACAAUUAUUUUCGCUAGUCGUCUCAAACAAUAAACACACACAUCCUAUUGAUUAUCCAUCUUUGAUUUCGCUAUUCCCUCAAGAACGUUUAACGAAAGGAGAGCAACUUGAACCGUUAUCAACUUGGUUUGCAUCAAUAGCAAACAUCUUACAACCGAUUGAUUACUACAAUUCCAAUUGGCUUCAUCCAUCAGCACACUUUUCGACGCAAAUUCCGACUGAUACUGACGAGCAUCUAUGGGUCAAACAUAUCAAUGUCCUAAACGAGUAUUUACAAACGAAUGGUAAAUUAGCAGAUCUUUUGUGUUCAAUAUAUAAACGAUUUGGUUUCGAAUGUGGAUCUAUUCUUGGUCUAAUGCACUAUCAUCGUAUCAGUUGGGGCACUUACACCGAUGAAUUAGGUAUACAUUGCAAUGCUCAUCCAAAUAAUUUAGUUAUGAAACUAUUGUCAGCAGCAGACUCAUUUCUAUUAGCACCAUUAGAUUUCGAUAUGAGUUUCACAGAGAAAACCUAUCAGCCGAGCCGCAUGAAUGUGAUUUCAUUUGACGAAAUAAUUCAACUGGAAUUAUCAGGUUUUCAAUUGACAUUAGCGGGUGAUUCACAGAUAAAUAGUGGCGUCACAGCUUGGGUUGACAUGCCUGAUUAUCAAUGGACAAGUUCUCGUUGGUUAUUACGAGAUAUUAUGCUAAAUGAAUUCAAUAGGACGUAUCAUGAAACGUGUCAGAAAGGAAGUACAGCCAUGUGCGAGAUAAUUCCCGAUGAGCAGAACUGCGCUGUGCAAGCAUUAAUUCGUCUGGCUCUUAUCAGAACGAUGAGAGAAAUUGCAUAA